AUGAAGCAGAUUUUUGGCGAUUUCGGAGUCAAAUUCAAGGCUGUAGAGUUGGAUGUCGAGAAGGAUGGAGCUGACAUACAAUCAGCUCUGGCUGAGUGGACUGGACAACGUACCGUGCCAAAUGUUUUCAUUGGUGGCAACCACAUUGGCGGCUGUGACUCAAUCAUAGGCCUGUACCAGGAUAGAAAGCUAUUUCCUCUGCUAACUGAUGCUGGCGCUGUUGCCUAA